AUGGCCGCCGAUCCGGGACAACGACGCGGCUUUCGAGCCUUCUUCGCCAACGCCCUCAAGCCCAAGAAAUCCCGCCAAGUUCUCCGCAAAGACUUCAGCGCCUCCACGCCCAGCCUCCGCUCCGGCCUGCAAUCCCGCGAUGGCUACCGCUACAGCGAUGACGUGCCCCCCGUGCCGCCGAUGCCCGACCUCGCCCCGUUGGAAAAGCACCGCCUCAAGUACCGCGAAGCCAACGCGCAGAAAGACACGCAGCUCGGCGAGCACCGCGACCACACCGCCAUGCUCCACGCCAUCGGCGUGCAGGAGCUCGACAACCCCGCCGAAAUGGAAGCCGAGCACGAGACGCGGCCGCCGGGCGAGCCGCUCAUCGAGAUGCUCCCGCCGGCCCUCUGGCAGCGCAUCGCCGAAGACAUGACGCCCGGCGAUCGCGCCAGCCUGGGCUUCGCCACCAAGACGCUCCUGGCGCGCCUGGGCGGGCCGGCCGUGGUCUGGGGCGAGCUGGACCUCCCCGAGAACCGCGCCUACAAGAACGACUUCCUCGCGACACAGGAGCGCCACUACCCGCAGCACCUGCACUGCUUCCCGUGCGCCGUCUUCCACCGCCGCACGCGGGCAGGCCGCGAGAAGCUCCAGCCCGCGGACGUGGUCAACCCGCUCUUCGACUGCCCGAACAUGCGCAACGCGGUGCUCCCCGCGCCACGGCAUCGCAUCACGCACAACCGCACCAUCCCGUUCACCUUCGUCAACCUGGCCAUGCGCGCGCACCGCUUCGGCCCGGCCUACGGCAUCCCCGCGGAGACGCUGGCGCGCCGCUGGCGCCGCGACGGCUGGACGCACCACUCGCGCUUCCUCAUCCACCGCGGCCACCUGCUGAUGCGGGUCGUCAGCAGCUGCUUCGCGGAGCCGGGGCUGCCGCCCAGCUCGCAGCGGCUGUUGCUGUACGGGCGCGACGACUACUGGCCGUACUUCAGCGCGUGCGCGCACUGGCGCGACGGCGAGCUCAUGAACGUCUGCAAGUGCGCCCUCGGCCACAUCCCCAAGCCGCGCGCCACCGCCGGCCUGCAGGCCGUCGAGCACCGCGCAAAGGACAUCUACCACGGCCGCGUCCACAACCCCAACGCCCUCACCACCCUCUGCGGGAAGUGUCGCCCCAUGCGCCGCUGCCCCGAGUGUCCCUCCGACCUGCGCUUCCGCCACGCCAUCGUCGUCACCCGCUGGACGGACCUCGGCAACGGCAUGGGCAUCUCGUCGCGCGUGUCGCCCGAGUGGGCGGCUAUCACCGGUGAGGGUGACGAGCCGUAUGAUUCGUUUGGGAUGCUCGGGAAGCGCACCAUCUCAGGUACGUUUGAGUCGUACAUUGCCGACGAUAUCCUGCCGGGGCAGCGCGUGAUCUCCAUGAACCCCAAGGGGAAGAAGGAAGGCGAGGAGGGGACAGGGUGGUACUAG